CCGGUUUCCUACUGGGCUCCUCCUCCUCCAUUCCUCCUCUUCUUCUACCAGAUCACCAGACCACCUCUUCUCCUUUGUGAUGAUUCUCUCAUUACCACUUGUAUUCCAUUGUCCGUGCUUGACUUGGUUGAGGCAAUACACAUACUGAACUUGAGGAAUUCGAUGUUUUGUGAGUUGAGUUGGUGUUUGAUUGAGGUUCGUGACAGGUUGCUAUUGCGGUAUUGCCUGGUUACAAAACCAAACAGCCACAGUAGACUAGCACAAACAACAGCCUUGAUGAUCAUUGCUUAAAAAAUGAGUAUCGCUUUGUCGAGCAGUUUGGUUUGUAGACAUAAUUUCAUCGAAUUUUGUAUGAUUUGCCCCGUUAUCAUGGUAAAAAUAACCCACACAACUUUUUUUACAACCAAUUCUUUUCGCACAAACCAGAUCAGCACCGCAGAAGCUACGCCGUGCCGAUCAAAGCACGACCGGAAAAAGGAAAGGAAAAUUCAUCACGAGUCCAAGCCGCCGUUCCCUUCGUCGUCGUCUCUCCUCCCCCUGCCCGCAGGCCGACUGCGAACCCGAUCUCUAUUCGAUUGCUCCCAUGGCGGCCGCCCUCUCCUCCUCGCGGCGCGCCCUGUACACCCUCCACCACCGCCGCCUCCUCCUCCACCCCUCCCCCUCCCCCGCCGCCGCUCGCCGCCCACUUCCCACUCCCACUCCCACUCCCACUCCCACUCCCAUUCCCCGCCACUUCCCCUCCGCCCCGACAUCCUCCUCCACCUCUCGCUUCUUCACCACCGCACGCCCCGAUGCGAGGCUGCGGCGCGAGCUGCUACCGCCGCCGCCGCAGCGGGUGCAGCGGCUCGUGGGCGGGGUCAGGUCGGUGGCGAGCGGCGGGUCGAAGCUGGCGCCGCUGGGGCAGGGGUUGAAGGGUCUGGAGCGGCCCGUGAAGGCGGCGAGAAGCGCGGCCGCGCGGUACCGGCAGGCCGUGGGGCUUCAGGUCGAGGCCUUUUGGCAGCGCAACUACAUGGUGCUCGUCGGUGCGGGGUCCGUCAUCGUCUGCGUCGCGUUGUGGAGGAUCAUGUUCGGCAUCGCCAGCACCUUCGUCGGUCUCUCCGAGGGCAUGGCCAAGUACGGCUUCCUCACCCUCGCCACCGCCAUUGUCGCCUUCGCCGGUAUGUAUGUCCGUGCAAGGUUGACCAUAAAUCCUGACAAGGUCUAUAGGAUGGCUAUGACAAAGCUCAAUACAUCAGCUGCAAUCCUUGAAGUCAUGGGUGCACCCUUAACUGGUACUGAUGUCAGAGCAUAUGUUAUGUCUGGAGGGGGUCCUAAGCUAAAGGACUUCAAGUUUAGGCUUGGUGGCAAGCGUUGCUUCCUCAUCUUCCCCAUCAAAGGAUCAGAAAGAAAGGGUCUUGUAAGUGUUGAGGUCAAGAAGAAAAACGGACAGUAUGACAUGAAGCUACUAGCUGUUGACAUACCAAUGGCAUCAGGGCCUGACCAGCGUUUAUUCCUUGUCGGUGAUGAACAAGAGUACAAGGUGGGUGGGGGUUUGAUAUCUGAGCUGCGAGACCCGAUCGUAAAAGUUAUGGCUGCAGAGAAGGAGUUUGAUUAUCUUGAUGAAAGAGAGGAUGCAGAGGACGAGCGCAGGGGUCGCGAGGAGGCUGAGCAACGGCAACGGGAAGAGGAAGCCGAAGCAUUGAGGCACGAGGAGGAAAGAUUGCGGGAGGAGGCUGAAGAAAGGAGGCGGAGGGAGGCUGAGAAUCUGGAGAAAGCUACUUGACACAGUUAACUGUAUCAUUUUUUUCACCUUGUGCAUUGUUUUGUUUCCCUUCACUCCACAAUGUAGCAAUCAGCGUUUCCACAGUAAGAGAAGAUUGCAUCUGAGUUUCCGGUAGGCGAUUCGCCGUCACAAUUCACAGCGUGUCAAGAAAGUAAUAAUUUUGGCUGCU